UUUCAAAUUUCAGUUCAAAUAAUUUUAAACUUUUAAUCUUUUAUACAAUUAUAUACGAAAAUAUAAAUAAAUAUGAGUUCCCAAAAAGUAAUGCUUAAAUUUACUGAUCUUAAAAAUCUUUCAAGUGAAGAAAUUGUUGAAGCCAUCUCUUCGCACGCCGCUGUUGAAGUCACUAUGAAGAGUAUUGAGGCUUGUGAAGUUUCUGAACAGGAAAUAUACAAAACAUGGUCAACAUCUUUGUUUAAAAGUUUCGGACCUGAUGGGAUCGCAGAGGCAGAUCUUAAUAUUUUGUUAGAUUCUUUUACAAUUGUAAUUAAAGAGUUAUUAAAUGAAUGCGGAGAUUGCGAAAAUGAUGAACAAAUCGAGAGACUCAGUGAGUUCCUCAAUUAUUCCUUGGAUCUUUUUACUUGGAUUCAUUCCACAGCUAGUGACUUUGAGACCCACAAAAUCAGCAUGUUCUUAUGCUUUGGGCUCUCCUCGAUUCAUAACUACCUCACUGUUCUUUCAAAACAAACAAGUCGAACCAUAGCAAAGAAGCUGAUAGAAAAAUCUCUUCAAAUACACAGUAUCAUCUUAGGUGUCCUUGCACAGCAUCCAAAGACAUUUAUUUUCGAUGACAAUGAGUCUUCGUUGGAAAAUCUGAUGUUAAGUUUAUGUGCAGUUGGAGAGAUUGCUCCUAAAUUAGAUAUAAAAGCAGCAGUUGAAACAUGGAAAUGCAUUACCAGGCUUGCAUCACAAAAUAUCAUCCACGGUCAAAGUGAAAAGAACCCUGGUGAUGAUGUUCUUUGGCUAUCUAAGCCAAUGGCAUUUCUCAUCAAGGAAGUGGGAAAAAAUGUCCAAACUGUCUACACUCAGGAUUCUCUCAAUGAACCAAUUCAACAAAUAGAAAAAUACCUAAAAGUUACUAAUUUCUAUCUGAGGCUCCUGCAGAAGCUUGUCAAUGAUUUUCGCCAUGUUCCUUUUCCAAUUUGCGAAGAAUUCAUUAGCACCCUCGCUGUGGUUUUUAACCCUCCAGUUUACAUUGAAACCAACGCACAAAUCAGCAAAGUCAUAAUGGAUUACAUUGGCAAAGAUCUCAAGGAAUUGAUACCCCUCGCUUAUAGAAACGAUAUAUUUUUUGAACAAUUACUAAGUGAACACUCCGCAAACGUGAAUUCUUUCGAGGCGAUCCAUGAAAUUGUUUUACAAACCCUUGAAGUCAUAAUUCGAAAGAAUGAACCAAAAUAUAUAAAUAAAGAGCUUUUGCAUUCAAUGUUUAUAUACGCUUCAGAUUGUUUUAUGAAUCAAUCGAAAACGAAAUACAACCGUUUCGUAGAAGUUUUGAGCUCCUUGCAAGUCCGUUUUAACGAUGAAGAACUCCAAAAACAACUUAUCUCCACUAUUUUCCAUGACAAUACAACACAAGCGUUAACAGCUAUUGAAAUCUUAUGCACGAUAUUUGAAUUAUCAGAUCAACCAACUCGACUUUCAUCAUUAAAAUUCUGGAUUGAUAUGAAUGAACGUUUUCCUACAUUUUCUAAUGGUCUUCCAGCACUCCAUACGGAAUUACUUCUAAAGAAUUUGUACACCUCACUUUCAUCUCAAGAAAAACACGAUAUGUGGAGAAGUCUCAAUAUGCAAAUGUUAAAUCACACUAGAUUCUUACUGACGAUCGGAUUGGAAGAAUUACCUCUAAGCGCGGCGAAAGCAGCAAUCGUUAAACACUUUUUAACUGAACUUUUGCGGUUUCUUAAGGAAGAUUUAACAGUUGAUGGCUAUUAUACAAUUGUGAAGGAUUUAAAACUUUUGAAACCAAUCGAUUUUCAACAUGAUGAUCUUAUUGAAAUGCUUUUUCAAAAUCUUGAAAUUGCAUUAGAAAACAAAAAACUUUAUAAGUUAGUUGAAGGUAUUUUAGAUUUCUUCAGUCCAAAAAUAGGUUACAUCGAUGGAAAUAAACUGCAAACAAUUCUAACAACGAUAAAGUCAAAUAUUUCUUUGUUUGAUGAACUUUCGACAAGAUUGAGUUUCAUUGAAUUCCUCAAAAAUGUUUCUAAAUUAUCAAAAUUUGAAAAAAAAUCAAAAGAAUUGCUUAAAUCACUUGAAGCGCAUGAAAAAAGAAGAAUGUUUGGAUAUUUGGAGGAACACGAUAGCAGGAGAGAAGUUGAUAAAGAAAAAUGUGAUAAAUUGUGGAAGGAAUUAGUUCAAAAUCAAAGCAUGUCGUCAUCAAGAAAACCAUCACAUACUUGUCGCACUCAAGAAAAAUCUGAACUAAUGCAGGUUAGACAUAAUCCUCAUAAUCAAACCGAAAUAGAAAUUAUAUUAGAAGCUUUGGAAAAUAACACAAAUAAACUUCAAAAACAAACUUACGGCAGACGGUUAAGUUCAAGUAAUUUGGAAACAAUAAAAAGAGUUGUUCUUAAAUUAAAGGACAUUAGCCAAGUUGGUUAGCUUAAUUAAAAUUAUUAUAGAUAUGCAUAAUGCAUGAAUUCUGUAAAUUUACGUGAUUACUUCUUUUUAAGUAUGUUAAGUUUUAAGUCUGUAGAGAAUAUAUUGUAAAGAAAUGUAAUAAAAAUAAUAUUUUAU